AUAUUAUUUAAUAUUUUAUAUAUAUUAAAUUUAAACAGGAAUGACAGCAGACUUUUAUUUUGGCGACAUGUUGGAACCAGGAAGUAGAAGGAAAGAAAUCUGACGUUUCAUGUGUCGCUUUUCACUGUAAUAAUUCGAAGAUGACACGGGCCAAACCAGAGGAUGAUGAGUACUGGAACAGCUCCAAAUUUAGAGCCUUCACAUUUGACGAUGAUGACGAUGAGUUUUCACGACUGAAAGAGUCCAAACGGGCCGUGAACAGCAUCCUGGUGGGUGAUGAUGAUGAUGAUGACGAUGAUGAUGUUGAGAGGGUCAGCUGGAGCGGGGAACCUGUGGGAAGCAUCUCUUGGUCGGUCAAGGAAACUGCGUCCAGUAUCCGUUCAGGGAGUGAGCAGAGCUUUCCCAAAAUAGACACCACUCCUUCACUGUCCAAACAAGGGUCUGGAUAUUCCCUCAGCUCCCUGUUUAAAGCAAAGAGCAAAUCUGGUGCUUUCCAGUCCUUCUCCGAGUCUUUUAGCGACAUAUCUACUAGAACAUAUGCACCGGCGCUCAGGAAGCCCAAGUCAGAUGGGAAGGAUUUUGUCAGCGACCUGAGUCCUGAGGAAACCGUGAGGAGAAUGCAGAAAGGACGGGCAUUUUCCCUGGAAAAGUUCCGCUCUCUUCAGGACAAACUUCUGCUGCUGGAUGAAGCGGUCGCCGUUUAUGAUGGGAACGUCAUCACUGCUGUCCUGAUAUAUUUAAAAAAGUCUUUAAGUAAAGAAAUCCUCUAUCGAGAGUUAAUGGCGAGAGACGUGGCUUUGCGUCAUUACGUUCACUAUUUAAAAGAGAUGGGAGAACAGAAGCUUUUGGUGGAGUUACUGAAGGCUCUUGGUAGGACAGAAGAUAUGGCGCUGAUGCAGUAUAAGGAACACUUGAAUAUUAAGGAUGAAGGCCGAAGAAGAGAGUUUCUCAAAAGUUGCCUCAGCCUUCCUUUUUCUCAAGACGAUGCCACUCACGUUCAAGACCACUAUACACUCCUCGAGAGGCAAAUAAUCAUAGAGGCUAGUGACAAGAAGGCAGAUACAGACAUCUUUAGAAAGUUCCCUAGAAAAGCGUCUAUCCUUAAUAUGCCAAUCAUCACCACACUCUACUACUCCUGCUUUUACCAUUACGGAGAGUCAGAGGGAACUUUUAGCAGCCCUUCAAACAUUAGAAAAACCUUCCGGAUUUCAGAAAAGCAGUACAUUCUCACGGCUCUCGGCGCGAGAGCCAAAUUGAAAUCCUGGUUUGAUGUGGACAGUCUGUUCAACACCAAGAACUGGCUGGGCUACACCAAGAAGAGGUCUCCCGUUGGCUUUCACAGAGUGGUGGACAUCCUGCAGAAGAACAGCGCCCCUGUUCAGGUGCUGCAGGAGUAUGUGAACCUCAUCGACGACCCAGAGCUCAAGCUCAGUGUGGCUCUGAAAUAUAAAUGCCAUGACGUCAUCAUCAAUACAUAUAGAGACCUGAAGGACAGACAGCAGCUUAUCGUUUACAGAGACAAGCUGGAACAAGACUCGGUCGAGUACAGGAAGAUCCAGGAGCUCCUCAAUAACGGGCAAAUCAGAUGGAAAAACUGACACAUGGAUCCUGACACAAGGCAGAGACAAUAUGACACAAAAACGCUAUGAAGCUGCUUAAUAUGGAGCCUUUUUGAGGUUAAACCUGGACAAACAGAACUGAGAUCCUCACAGAUGUGGAACAGUUCAAAGAAUCAGUGGAGUGAGUCAUUCUGGAGUGAUUCCUUUACUUCAGUUCAGUACGAUUAAACUGCCAAGUGUCCUUCUGCCAACUCUACAGGUGAACAUUUAUGAAGAAAUAAGGAAGGUUGCUGACGUGAACAACAUCUUCUAAAAGCCCUCUUUUUGUUUGCCUGUGUAUGGAUUUAUGAACAUUGCUCAUUAUUCACUGCUUUUUUUAUAUUAAAGAUAAUAUGAAACUAACACAA